AUGGCGCUCAACGAUCCUGCUGCGGUUAUGGCGGCUUACUCCUCAAUAAUUGAUAACAAGAACAACUGGUUACUGCUGGAAUAUGUCAGCGGCACUUUCGACGAGCUUGGCCUCCACUCCUAUGGAAAUGACGGUCUCGAAGAGCUCAAAACCAAGCUGCCAGAUGUGGACGAGGUCUUUAUUGCUUUUUAUCGCGAAGAACGAGAUGUCGACCCAGGGUACAUCAUAAUCAAUUAUGUCCCACCAUGCAUCUCCAGUGUGCGGCGAGCGCGGGCACUGGUACAUGCGCGACGCGUUGGGGCCUUAUUUAAGAAACACCAAAUUAUUUUCACCAUCGACAGUCUUUCUCUUUUAACCUCCAAUAACGUUCAUCAAGCUAUUAUCAACCUGGAUAACGCCUUUUCAUCACCCACGUCCCUCCAAACGACCGCAUCCCCGAUAUCUACUUCACCUACCAAACUUCCUUCAGAAACCAACAAAGACGACCUCGUUUUCGACCCUGUGCAAUCACCUCCACCACGCCCGCUCCAGCCGAUGAGAGCACCUACACAGAACGUCUCAAAACCCGUUAUCCACGACAUGGUACGACGCUCGUUCACAGCCACCUACGCACCUGGAGUUCAACCGCCUUCUGUUGUUCCUCCCGUCCCGCCCCUGCCCAAGGGCAGUCUCUUCACCCAUCUCUUGCGGCGCAAGAAGAGGAGCGAUGAUUCUCCAGAUGCAGAGGACGGUCUACCACCGCCCACCCCGCCAAAAGACAAUGGGGUCUUUCAAACCCCCCAACCAGUUGCCGUCUCGUACUCCCAGCCGCCGCCGCCACUACCACCUAUGGAUCGUGCUGUGCGGCGGCAGCGAUCACAUAGCAUGUCCGAGUUUGCGGUCAUAUCGCAUAACUAUGUGGAGAGGCAUUCAGACGAUAUAGUAGUCGUGGAGCCGGCUGAGAAGGAAAGAACCCAUAACAAGGAACCGACACAGCUAUAUAGGAUUCCGCUGCGAGGGAAAUGGUCGAAUGAGACCACCCUUCCGAGCGAUCCUGCAGAAAGAGUACAGCGCCGUCGCGAGCUUCAGAAGCAUAGAGAACGAGAAGAACGGGAGGCCCUGGAGGAGGAGGAGGCGAGGCAGCGCCAACUGAAGUUGCAGAAGGAGGCACUGGCGAGGCAAGAAAGGGAAGAGGAGCAAAGAAGAAAGGAGCAAGUGGAAGCAGAAAUCAGGAGGAUUACUGCUGAACGCAGACGGAGAGAACAGGUGGAGAGGGACGAGGAUGAAAGAAAGCACCGAGAGCUGGAGGAACGGAAGCGGCUCGACAGGGAUCGGCGCAUGGAAGAGCACCGGCGGCUGGAGAUAUGGCGUCUGGAGCAGGCCCGGAACGCGGAGGAAGCGGCGCGUAAGGCACAGGAGGCACGUCGACUGGAAGAGGCGGAGAGAAGAAGGAAGAUCCAGCAGGCGGAGGCCAAGAUUACACAGACGAAGACACAGACAGCACUGACUGGGUGGGUAACCAUUCUUGCCCAGGAUUCUCUGUCGUGGAAGCGGAGGUGGUACAAGUUCGUCGGGACUACCAUGUUCCUGCAUCGAAGUCCCAAGGAUCUAACCACUCUGGGUCAAGUCAAUCUACGGGGUAACAUCCGCGCUCUCAAGGAGUGGAAUCAAGGGUACGAUGACCUGGAGGCCAUUGCUUUCUCAUUCGUGGUGGAAUUCAAGGACGAACGGGAUCAUUGGUCGAUGUAUGCGGAUUCCGAGGAAGAGAAGUAUAAAUUGCUAGGACUUUUGAAGGUUGCCGGAGGACUUUGA